UACCUAUAAAAUAAUAUAUAUAUUUUUUUCUUUAAAAAUAGUCCAGCCUUCAAAAUACCCCCGUAAAACACGGAGUCCUUUUGUCAUUUAAAAACCAAACAAUAUAUUUAUUUAAGAAAAGCUGAAAGAGAGAAAUAAAACGAACUUGUCCAUUAUAUUUUCCUCUCAUCUCUCAUUCAUUCAUCUUGGUGGUGAAUUCAAGAGUUCCUCUCUCUCUCUCUCUCUCUCUCUCUCCUCUUCCAUUGUUUUAGAGAGAGAAACGAGAAGGGAAAAAAAACAAUGGGUUGCGGGAAAUCAAAACACGCUAUUGCCACAGAAAACACUCUCGUCAAGAGCAAGAGCAAGGGCAAAAGCGUCGAAACAAAUAACAACACCACCACCAUUGAUGGAAAUGUCCAAGAAACAGGGGAGAAUAAAAUUCUGAAGGAAAACGAAAUCCAUGCUGACGUCAUCGACAAGGACGAAGGAAGAGUCGAACCUCUUCCCGAAGAAAAACCAAAGGAAGCCGAAAAAAUUGCUGAUGGAAAUAUGAUCAAGAAAAUAGAUGAAAAUAAUGAGGAGAAAUUUGAGGCUGUUGCUUCUGUUGUCGCGGCUGUGGACGAAAGCAAAAACGAGGUAUUAAUUAACGGAGAAAAAAAAGAUGAUGUUGGAGUCGAUCACGAGGUAAAAGAAAAUACGGUUUCGCAUGAUUUUCCGGUGAUGGAUGAAUCGGCUUUGGAGGCUAAUUCAGACAAAGAAAAAGAGGAGGCCAUUGAGGUGGAUGAAUGCAAAGAGGUGGUGGCUCCUGCAUCUGUCGAGACGGAAUCUUCCGCAGAAGAGAAGGUUCUUGCAUCUGUCGAAACGGAAUCUUCCGUAGAGGAGAAGGUUCCGGCAUCUGACGAAACAGAAUCUUCGGUAGAAGAGAAGGUUCCGGCAUCUAAGGAAACAGAAUCUUCCGUGGAAGAGAAGGCUCCUGCUGCUAAAGAUGUAAGAAUUUUUCGAUUUCAAAAGCUUCAUUAUUCGACAUUUCUGUAAUUCAAUCACAACUUACUAGGGUUCUUAUUUGCCUUGUGAUUAUGCAGGAGAAUGUCGAUGCUGAUUCGACAACUGCAGUGAAAGCAAAUUGAAACAGAAGCUAAUGUAUUAGAUGCUAUAAUAUAAUAUAUGCUUCGGUCUUUUGUCUGUUUAUCGAGUCCGUAUUAUUUCUAGUUCGUGUAUUUUUCGAUUCGUGAACACGAAAAUUUGGCUUAUUUUCGAUUCUUGGAUGAAAAUGUCCGAAAAUACAAUACUUGGAUGAUUUUAUCAUCGCUAUUAAUAGUACUAUAUAUUUUCUAAAGAAGAAAGUUUCUUUCGAGAACUCAAAGUUGCGUUUGGAUUGAACAAUUUAGAAAAAAAGAUACGGAAAAGAAAAAUAAAAAUCAAACAUAUCUUUCAAUACAAAUUUCGAA